UUUCUUUUAAAAAUAGUGUUCCAAAAGAAAGCAUUUUUUUGGUAGAUGAUUCCGCGAAGUCUGCAGCUUGACUUUGAGUUGACAAUAAAUUAACAUAUGUUCUCACUUGCAAUUCUAAAGAGGAAUCAAGAUCAAGAUGAACCAGCUUUGCUUUUUCAGCAGUGGACUAGAACUCGCAAAUCUUAUAGUAACCUCAGAUCUUCUCCAGCGUUCUUGGAAGGAAAUUUCGGAGAUUCAUAAACAGAAUCAUAUUCAUAUCAAUGAUUUAACUUCGCCUUCUGUUUCGUAUAAAGUGUACGAAAAUCGUCCAAAUGGUACUAUAAUUGCUUUUGCAUCUUCGAACCAAGAUACUGUGAAUAGGGAUUUGGUUUCAUCGGGAGAACUGAAAGGGGUUUUUGAUUUCUUUGACUUUGUUGGAACAAAUGUCAACCGAUCGUUUUCUGUUCAUAAAGAAGCAGUAACUGUGUUUUCGUCAAUGUUAAAUGAGUUAACUCUUCUGAAAGCCCAGUAUGGCAAUUCCAAUCCGCUAAUAAUCACUGGACAUGCUCUGGGGGGAUCGAUCGCAUCUCUCUUCACCUUAUGGCUGCUUGAUAGCAUGUCACCAUAUGCCAAACGCCCUCUUUGCAUCACUUUCGGGUCACCCCUUCUUGGUGACAAAAGUUUCCAGCAAGCCAUAUCAGAACGCCCAUCAUGGAAUUCGAGUUUUUUGCAUGUGGUCUCAAAUCAAGACUUGUUUCCACAGCUUUUUAUUGCACCCUGUAAUGGUGUUGCUGAUGGUUUUACUUCCCAAACUCAUCUGUACAAGCCCUUUGGUACAUUUCUCUUGUGUACAGAAUCAGGAUGUGCUUGUUUUGAGGAACCUGAAUCGACUUUGGAAUUAUUAAAGGCAAUGGGAUCAAAAUUUGUUGGAAACCAAAAUUCACAAAACAGCCUUCGUUUUACAGAUUAUAGGGAGAUUUUAGAAAACCUCAAGCAUAGAUCAAUCUACAAGGGGAUUUCACAACUGGAUGUCUCAAUUAUGGAUCCCUUACUAGCAGGAAUCACCAUGGAGCUAACGACAAUUGGAGUUGAAACACAGGGGGACGGUGGCUCUCUUACAACUCAUACUGCUGAGAGGGCAAAGAAGUCCUUCAUACGCAAGAAGAAUGUGUUUGAUCCCAACAAGAAGCUAAAUGAUAGGAAAGUCGACAUGGCAUAUCUUGAAUGGUAUAAGAAGGUAGCAGAAGAAGAGGGCGGGUACUAUGACAGUUACAAGUUUGGACAAUCAGGAAGCAGAGAUAAAAUCAAAAGCAGAGAAGAAAUCGUCAAGCGUCAUAGAAUUCUCACGCAAUAUUGGAAAAGAAUGGUAGCUGAAGCAAAGAAAAUGCCACAGAAAGAAGGAGCAUCAUUUCGUAUUCGUUGGCUAUAUGGAGGAACUAAUUAUAGAAGAAUGGUCGAACCACUUGACAUAGCCGAUUACUACAAGAAAGGCCACAGGGACUAUAUAACUCGAGGAAGACCCGAACAUUAUAUACUUUUGGAGCAAUGGUUAAACGAGGACAUGUUGGGGAAUGCGAUUGAGAGGAAUAGAGCUUGUAGUCUUACUGAGGAUUCGUGCUUUUGGGCACAUGUGGAGGAAGCUAUUAUCUUGUGUGACAUACUGAAAGAUGGCCAAAGCAGUCCAGAAGAUCAAAGAUCGUCAAAGGAAAAACUGAUUAGAUUUGAGGCUUUUGUGAUGGAUAUGAUAAAGAACUAUGCAGUCUCUCGGGAGAUCUUCUUGCCACAAAGUAGCUUUAUGAAAUGGUGGGAGAUGUACUCUAUAUUUGCAAGACAAUCAGUUGGUUCCCCAUUGCUUGAUUUCAUGGAGGAGGAUUAUCGUAAUUAUGCUUAGAUAGCCAAUGUUAGCUACGGGCAUCUCCAAAUGAGACACCAAAAUACUAAAAUGUACCAAAUUUUGGAUCAAAAUAUCUCCAAUGUAGCGCUAAACUUUGCACCAUUCUGGUACCAAAUGGUGCAAAGUCAAUUUUACUAUUUGCUUUCAUUUGCCAAACAAAUCGAUUACGGAUAUUUGUCA